CCUCUCUCUCUCUCUACUCCAAACUCCAAACCAUUCUCUCUCUUCUCUCUCUCUCUCUCUCUCCUUUCUCUCUCUACUGGAACAGCUGAUGAGUAAAGCAGAAAAGAAUCUCUCCCUUCCUCUCUCUUAAAAGAAGGACACUCUUAAAAGAACGGAAAAUGGAACAUGGACUGUGAUUUACCCCUCUCUGUCUCUAGAAGGGCCCUGUUUUCCAUUUUCCUUUUGCCUUUUGCUUUUGGGUUAUUGUGUUUUUGUUUUUUAGGGUCUUCUGCUUCACAGUUCUGAGUAAAGCCUGCUGCAUUUCUUGACCUUUAUCUCCCUCUUUCUCUCUCUUCAGUUUCUGCUUUGUUUUGGGCCUGUAGAUAAUAGAGAGGGAAUGAAACUGUUGAUGCAUUGGUGUGGGUUUUUAGAGUGAGAAUGGCGAGUGUGAUGAUGGCGAGUGAAGGCCAGCCAGUGUUCCAUGACUUUCUAGGGAUGAGUUGUAGCAGUGACUCAGCUGUUUUAGCUAAGAAUGGUGGAUUUAGUGGAGAGCUCUGCAACCCUUCUAGCUCAGAUCUUGCUUCAGAGAGGCAUCCAGCUAGCAAUUACAAGGAAGUUCAAUUACAUGGUUCUAGGAGUGACUUCACCGGGCCCGAGAUUGAUAACCAGUGUUCAGGGCGGAAAAGGAGUGGCUCAGAUUCUGCUCAUAUGGGGUCAAUGAGGGAUAGGGUGCUUCAAGUUGGAACAGAUGCACUUGAAAACUCACAUCUGAUGAAGAUCUUUCGCAAUGAGGCACAGGACGAUAGAAGGGUGAGCCAAAUUGACAAUGAAUUUCUUUACAGUAAGCAACCGCCUAGGCCAACCUCUACCGGCCCAGCAUUAGUUCAAACUCAAAUGAGUAACCAAUCCAAUUUAGUUAACUACAACUGGGACCGUUACGCACAAUUGCAUACACCUCAAUUUGCUUGCCUCCCUUCUCGCUUCAACCAAUACAGAGGAUACCCAGAUAAGAUUUGCUCAAAUUAUAGGGAUACCAAUGCUGGUCCUUCUCUUAUUUCACCACCAGCUGCUGAUGAAGGUUCUAGAACAGGAAAAAUAGGUUCUGGAAUCUCAAAUAUCAUAUCAGCCUCUCCAGGUGAUAGAAACUCAGGCAAUGUUCUUCUAGGAUGCAAUCGAUUAAAAGCCGGGACUCAAGGCAUUAAUCCUGAAUCAGCUGGCCCCUCUAGUCAACAGGUUCCUGCAUCUGCUAGUCGGCAGAUGACUAUUUUUUAUGCUGGCCAAGCCCAUGUCUUUGAUGACGUGCACCCAAAAAAGGCGGAUGCAAUCAUGUCCUUGGCGGGUUCAAGUGGAAGAUCAUGGUCGACGGCCCUCUCCUCAAAAUCUGAUCUCCAAGCUUCCCCAAGUAAAGAAAACGUGUUUCAUGGAGGAAAUGUGAUUGGUGAUAUACAAAGGCGGGCGCCCAUCAUGCCCAAUACUAGUCAUGGGGGUGGCAAUACUCUGAAUGAUGACAAACAGGCUGUACAGGCAAUGGAUCCUAAGUGUGAAAGCCAAAAAGAGGUACAGAAAAUGUAAUUUUGGUUUCCUGUCAUUUUCCUUUAGUAUUUAUCUUUUUAUCUUUUGUUUUUUCCCCUUCUUUGUAAUCUUUUUGGGUUAGUACAAACUUUUUGAGAUGAAUUAAUUUUUGUGGAAGUCUGAUAUGGACUCACUCUCAUCUCUUCCUUUCUAAAGCACAAGCACUAGUAUAGUAAAUGUGGGCUAUGCUCUGUAUAUUUUAGUUCAACGGUUUGGAUUUUCUUAGUGGAAGAGCUAGUUAAUGACCUGUAA